AUUUGGUGGGUUCAGUAUAAAGAGCCGCAUAAUUCCGUCCCCCUCUUCCCACUCAAAUCGGAAAAUGGCGAGAAACAAAUACCCGGAAGACGAUACCCGACCCGACCCAACCAAAGACACCACCCACCGUAAAUCUAAACAUUCCGAUUCGGAACCCGACCCGGAUUCCGACUCCGACUCCGAUGUAGAAACCAGAAAAUCCCACGGCAGCAGAAAGCGAACCAAGGACAAGAAGAGUAAAUCCCGAACCUCCAAUUCCAAGAGAAGACGCUCUAGAGAAAGCGACUCCAAUUCAUCGUCGUCUGAGCACCACGACGGAGAAUCCGAAUCCUCGGAUUCGGAUUCGGAUUCUAGAAAUUCGGAGUGCUCAGAUUCGGAGGAGGAGAGGAGGCGGCGGAGGAAAGAGAGGAAGAGGAGGGAGGAGAAGAAGGAAAAGCGGAGGAGAGAGAAACAUAGAAAGAGGAAAAGGAAAGAAGAAGAAGAGAAGAAAAGGAGAAAGAAGAAGAAGGAGAAAGAGAAAGGGAAGAAAGGCGCCGUCACUGGUUCAUGGGGGAAGUAUGGUAUUAUCAGAGACACUGAUUUGUGGAAUAAACGUCCUGAGUUUACUGCAUGGUUAGGAGAAGUGAAAAAGGUGAACCUGGAAAGUCUGCCCAAUUGGGAAGAGAAGCAGCUUUUCAAAGACUUCAUGGAAGAUCAUAACACGGCUACCUUCCCAUCGAAAAAAUAUUAUAACCUUGAUGCUUAUCACCAAAAUAAACUGGAAAAGGAAAUGAAAAAGGGAUAUGCUAAAAUAGUGGAGUCGGAACGUACCGUUUUUAACGAUGAAGAAAUCCGAAGGCAAGAAUUGCAGAGAGAGCGUGAAAGACAAAAGGAACAAGAGGUGGAAGCAUUGAAGCGUUCGAUGCAGAGUGGAAUGGCUCAAGCGAUGAAAGAGCAAGCUCAACUCCGAGAAGAGAUGGCUUAUCAAUACAAGCUCGGUAACUUUGAGGCUGCGGCUGCUAUUCAGAGAAGGCUGGAACCAGAUGUUGUUUAGAUCGAGAAUGUUCGCUUAUACUUUUCUUUAUGUAUUUGUAUCUUUUACUGUCUGAAAGAUGUCUCCUGACAUGUGCUCCGAUUUUGGAGCCGUAGUUUAUGUUUCGAUUAUUACGUAGAAAUUCAACCUUAAACACUAACGGUAACGGUGUGUUAUGUGCAAGCUUUAAGGUCUUUGUCUAUGUGUUUGUUGCGAUUAGGGGUGGAUUCGGUACGGUUGUCAAACAUUUGGCUCAAUACUGUGUACUUACCGUA